AACUUUGAGAUGUUUUGUAGAGUGAACUCUCCAUUCAGAAUUUCUGAACAUAAACAGAUACAUUUCCCAAAAUACCCUCAUUCAAAGAAAUGGAUAAAUCUUCCCUCAGCUAAAAUACCCGACGCUGGAGAAAGAAUCCUGUAAUGUCACACCUUCUAAUCCACAAUCCAAUAAUCGCAAAAUCAUGUUCAAAUUCAACCUCCAAAAGAUCUACACCGACUAUUUCCCCAUUCGCGUUUACACCUGUCCUGCACCGGCCGCAGCGUAUUAUUGUCCCAAACACAUGCAAUGGGAAGAACAGUGUAAUCAAAUGUAUGGCGAACCCUAGGAGGGUGAAAAUGGUGGCGAAGCAAAUUAGGAGAGAGCUUUCUGAUAUGUUACUCACUGAUAAGGUUUUGCAAUAUGCAUUUUUGACCGAAGCUGCUUUGGGCGCGGAUAGAUAUCUGUCGUCGCUUACUACUAUCGCUGAUGUUGAAGUUUCUGCGGAUUUGCAGGUUGUGAAAGUAUAUGUAUCUGUUUUUGGCGAUGAAAGAGGGAAAGAAGUAGCAAUGGCUGGGUUGAAGUCAAAAACAAAAUAUGUUCGGAGUUUGCUGGGGAAACGUAUGAAAUUGCGGCUCACUCCUGAGAUUCGUUUCAUAGAAGAUGAUUCUCUAGAACGAGGAAGCAGGGUACAUGCAAUUUUAGAUAGAAUAAGGGAUGAAAAUGAUAAGAUAGCUCCAGAAGGUCAAUCCAAGGAUCUGCAGGAUUCAUCUGCUCGAAGCAACGAUGAGUGGGAAGGUGAUGACCCUGACCAUGAAGGCAUCAUUUAUGUAAAGUAGUUUUGCGUAGAUUCUCAGAGUUAGUAUGAGUCUGAGAUCAAGCAUGGGUUUGCUUGUUCACAGGUUAGUCAUUUACACAUACAAGUUCAGAUAUAAUGGCAAGAGCCUUAUUUCAUGUUUGUUAGCGGAUACAUAUUUUCAUUCCAUCACGGUUACGGUCAUGUCCUAGUCACUUUGUUAGUAGAAAGUAGGAUUAGAUCUGGGAAUACUUCAGUAUUUUCAAAGUAGCGACUAUAUGCAUGAAAGUAAACUCCUAUGUUCUUGGGAUUGAGAAAGGUUAUUGUUUGGGAAGGGAGAGAAAAAUUGAUGAGGCCUUAUUUUUCAGAAUGAUGAAAAGACGCCUUAUGUCAAAAUCCCAUUAUACCAUUCUUCCCUAUCUCACCUCCCUGUUUUUGUUAUCCACCCCUCCCCCAUCUGCAUAAACUCAGGAGCAUAACGAGGAUUCUGAGCUCACUUCUCUGUCUCGGUGGUAUUCUAAAAUGAUAUCAAUGACAUGAACUCCAAAUGAGAUGGACUCCUUCCUGCAUGCUAGUGAUAUUUAAACGCGUUGGCAAUCCUUUGGUGGUUUAAUGCUUUGAUAGCGUGCUUGCAGGGUCGAAGCUUAUCAUCAUUUGAUACUAUGCCUUCCAACCUGCUUGCGAGAUGCAGAUUUAUCAGAAUUCACGUCAUAUUUGAUCCAUCCGCAAUGGGCAUGAAGAAAUGUUAGAAUAAAGAUAGAAGCCAAAAAACUUUGUAAAAUGCUCUCUCUCUCUCUCUCUCUCUCUCUCUCUCUCUCUCCCUCCCUCCCUCCCCAAAUAGUUACUAUCUAGAAUCCCUGGAAAUAGGUAUAAUUCAUUCAACAUCAGUAACAUAUGUUCCAAGUCUUUUAAUGCUAUGAUAGGCCCCAAAAGGUUUGAUUCAUCACGGAUUGACAAAUAUUCUUUUAUUAACAUUGUCAAUAUAAUGAGAAAGCAGCCUUGCUACAGUUUGCUAUUAAGUUUGACAUUGUUG